AUUACGAGGAACAUUUUAAAAUUUCCUCGAACCAACUGCAGUUAACUCGUCUGGAUUUUAAUAACAAAAUUAUUAUUAUUAUUGUGUUUGACACGCUGGACAACAUUUUAGUGAAUCGACUUCACAGUUCACAAUUAUGAUACCGAUGUAGUUUUUAAUAAACAUAUCUCAUGCCGUACAACUACACGGUUGUAAUGGUUCUCUCGGCGCCGAAAAUAACCGUACCGGUAAGUGGUGUCGAUUUGUUUUUACCGAAUUAGAACCGUCCUUUUGUGUUUUACAUGCGUCAUGUUGGCCAAGUUGAAACAAGUGCUCACCAAGUUCCCGUCGAAACAUUUUGCCUACUGUUUCGCGUACGGGUCUGGAGUGUUCCAACAGGCCGGACGCAACGAUCGGGCCAUGGUCGACAUGAUAUUCGUUGUCAAAGACUCGUACAACUUCCAUCGAGAGAACAUUGCCGCCAAUCCCGACCACUAUUCGUCGCUGUGCCAUCUCGGCCCGUCCGUGAUCACGCACAUCCAAAAGUCAUACGGCUCCAACGUGUAUUUCAACACGCUAGUCACUGUCGGAGACCUGAAGUUCAAGUACGGCGUCAUAGACAUAGAAGACUUCCGUCGAGACAUGUUGUUCUGGCAGUCCAUUUACAUUGCCGGCCGACUGCAUAAGCCCGUGUUGAUAUUGUACGACGAAGGUCUAAGCGAACUGGUCAAUCACAACCUCGAGAGCGCCAUUCACGUUGCGCUGUUGCAGUUGCCGGAGAAGUUUCCCGAAAUGGACUUGUGGCUGACCGUGGCUGGCCUGUCCUACAGCGGAGACUUUCGCAUGAUCAUCGGCGAGGAUAAGAACAAAGUACAAAAUAUCGUCAUGCCCCAGUUGGACAACUUCAGGACGCUCUACUCGCCAAUUAUUCAAUCGAUGAGUCACGUCCUAUUGUUGAACGCGAUCGGACACCAAGACAAAAGUACGGAGAGCAAAAUGUACCACUUGGAAAGGUUACCGCAAAAUGUAAAAAAUAUUAUACUAAAUACCAAUGUAAAUAUGUUAGAGAAUAGGUGCUUUUUGUUAAACGAUUUAGCCGUAAGAAAAGAUACCAAUGUAAUUAUAAGUAAGAGCGUCAACAAAAUUGUAUUUUAUGCUAGUCUCACGCAGAGCCUAAAGGGAAUACUAACGGCCGGUCUGUUGAAGUCUAUAAUCUAUAGCUUAAGAAAAUUAAAAAAAAUGUUCAUAUCGAUGGUGCCGUAAAUUAUCGUCCCCUACACAAUUUACGACAAAUUUUAUAUUAGGUACGUUUUUUCCCAUUCACAGUACAAUUUUUUCAUUAUUAUUAUUAUUGUGGCAUAAUUUUUAUUAAUGUAUCUACUGUUACUAUUUUAAUGAUUUAUAAUCAAUUCUUAUAAAAAUAUAAAACAUUACCGACAAUUACAAUAAUAUGUACAUAGUCGUCGUCGUGUAAACAGUGUAGCGUUGUAAAGUAUUUGAAUUUAAGUAUUUGAGUACAAGUGUUUAGUAUAUCUAAAAAAAAGAACCGAAAUACUUGUAUUCAAAUACUUUUUAAGUGUCACUCAAAUACUUUACAACACUAGACUUGCGUUAUUGUAUCUCAAUAACGCUCACUGUACAAUUAGUAUCUUUUAAUUAUUUGUUAGUCAAAGUCAUUAGUCAUAUUAGAAUGUAGCAAUCUAUUAGAAAACAUUUUUUAUUUAUGUAUUGUUAAAUUUACUUUUUUUUUUUAAUCGAUUCGUGACAGUUUUAGUCAAAGUAUAAUAUUAUGUCAUUUAUCCAUUUAAAUAACACAAAUUGUUUGUUGUUUUUUUUUUUAACCAAUCGAUCAGAGUGUCGAAACAAACUGUUCAAAAUAAAUUGAAAAAAUUAAUAUUUGUUUAAUUUGUGAAAAUGGUUUUAGUACAUUGUUAUAAUGGGGGGUUUUUUUUUUGUUAAUGAAAAUUUUAAACCAGUGCUUUUCCUGGUACUCUAAAAUUAAAAUAAGUUGAGUUAAGCAAAGAUGGUCUUCCUACGAUUGUAACGUACAGGACAACGUGUAACA